CCUACCACCAUGAGUUUACAAAUCCCAGGCUAUUACUACGACGAGGAGAAGAAAAAGUACUUCAAAAUCGAGAAGACCCAGACGGCACCCAGCCAGGCAGCCUGGUCCGCGGACAACGUCAAGCGCCGUACCAUAGAAGCCCAGUCCGCCCGUGCCGAUCAGCAGCGCGCCGAGCUGACCAGGCGGCACAUCAAGCGGGCGCGCAUCCUUGGUGAGCCCCAGCUCGGGGGGCUUCUAGGUCGGCAGCUCGGCGUAUCUUUGUCUUUGUCUCCGUCGCCGUCGUCGUCCUUCUCGUCUUCCGCCUACUCCGCUGCCCCGUCCGUGCUGGAUGACGUGCCUGGCGCCGUGUGGGCCGCUGGUCUCGUCGGCAAAGGAGUCGUGCCUUUCGCGCCGGGCCUUGCGGCUGAGAGAUUCCCUAAUGUGCGGUGUUUCUGGGUGGGGGGGCAGGGCGAGGAGCCUGGGGUAGGGGCUGCGUUUGCCUCUCCGGCUGAGGCGAUGCUGUCAAGCAUAUACAUUCCUACAGAUGAAAACGGGAGAAUCUCCUAUACUACUGAUGGCUUUGGUCGUCGCGAGAGAAGGCUGCAACACUACCUCGAACCUUGUCCAUACGACCAGAUCUCUUCCAUCACUUAUCACAAACCUUCGCGCCGCAUGAUCUUCACCUCCGACGAACCUUACUACGCAGCAGAUCUUACAUGGCUCUACCCGCGUCGAAGUACACCGCACGAUGAUCGCCCCGCUUGGCUGCUGGGCGAGCAUGCAAUAUCUGAUCCGCUAACCAAGCGGGCGAGUCUUAUGGGACGUUACCCCCUCUGUUCUGUACACAAUGCCGUCCCCGCCCCCGACGCGGUCUCCGAUACGGUCUGCACCAUCAGCACCGACUGCGGCAUCCUCCACCUGGACGCCCAGGAUAAGCUCAGUUGGCUAACCGGCUCCCCUGCACCUCCUCCCCAUGCAAAGGCAGGCAACCGGUCAGUCCCCAGGGAUGUCCUCGCCCAGAGCUUCCAUCCCACACACCCGUCUCUCCUCCUCGCCGGCACCCGGGCCUCCUUCGUUCACCUGAUUGAUCGCCGUGCACCUGCCGAGUCCUGGUCGUCCUUCCGCCACAGCAGCGCCGUCACGCACCUGCGCUGUCUCGAAGGGAGGCCCGCGUCAAGGGGAGGCUGCGCGCACCAUGUCCUCGUCGCAGGGUUACAGUCCAGCCUCUGCGUCUACGACUUGAGGUAUCUCUCCUCCUCGCCUCAGCAGACCCGACCGUCCCAAGCACCACCCCCCCCGCAAAGUGGAAGCACCACCAGCAGCAGAAAGAGAAGCAACCGCCCUUCCUUGCAUCGGCUCCGUCGCCAGCCGAAACCCGGAUCCACGUUCCUCCGAUACGACUCAGACCCCGGGCUCUCAGCUGCCCGAAACAACAGAGACAACGACAACAAUAUCGUCGCAAGAAACGACAACAUCUCCUCGCGAAUCAAUCCCGGCCGUGCGAGAACGGGUGGAACGGACACGGAAAGCGACGCCGGCGCAGCAGCCGCACGACCCGUCCUCACGUUCCCUGCCUACCGCAACGCAGCCCACGUCCAUAUCGGCUUCGACCUCGACCCCGCCACGGGCGUCGUGGCUGCCGCGCACGACGAUGGUCGCGUCGCGCUCUACUCGUUAGCAUCAGGGCAGCGGCUGCGCUCGCCCCAUGUCGACGCCGUGUGUGCCCGAGCACCCGUCAGGAGCCUCAUGUUCCAGACGAUGCCGGGAGACCGGCACGCCAGUCUUUGGGUCGGCGUCGGGGCGUCGUUGCGCAAGUUCUCUGUGGGGUUUGAAGGGGAGGAUGACGACGAAUGCUAGAGUGCUGUGGCGCAUCCGAUCGCGAAACGAUUACCCCUGGCCUUUUUUUUCCUUUUUUCCCUUUUUCCCUUUUCCUUCUUCUUUUCCUUUCCUUUCUUUUCCGCUGCUUCUACAAGCAUGCUUCAUCAUAAAAGGUAAGGAGAAGCGUCACAUGGUUGCCAUCAUCAUAGAUGAUUCCUGCACAAAAAGCGGGCAUGGGGCGGCGUUGGUGGCGGGCUAGUCAACGGUCUGGUCUGGUAUACCCAUCAUAUAUCAUUGCAUGAUACAGAAAGGAAUUUGCUAUAUUCCAAUUCUGACGCUUAUCCAACUCUAUUCUGAAUCCAAAAGACGCCAUAUAAUAA